AUGCUAGGGUUCCGAAAAGUAACGACGAUAAGAUGGGAAUUUAGUAAUGAGAUGUUCCAAAAGGGGCAAAGAGAGCUUAUGAGCAAUAUCCGAAGAAGGAAGAGCCAACAUUGGUCACGCAACAAGUCUCAUCAUCAGGUUGUACCAACAACGACGGUGAAUCAAGAAGAUCAUCAACCGCUUGGGAUUGAGCAUCACCACGAGGAUCAACGGUCUUCCUCCACUUCCUCGUCUUUUGUAUACACUGCAUUACUCGACGAAAACAAAUGCUUGAAGAAUGAAAACGAGUUAUUAAGCUCCGAACUCGGGAAAACCAAGAAGAAAUGCAAGCAGCUUAUGGAGUUGGUGGAGAGAUAUAGAGGAGAAGACGAAGAUGAAACCGAUGAGGAUGCUAAUGAAGAAGAUGAUGGGCUUAAGUUGUUCGGAGUAAAACUUGAAUGAAAAAAAUCGCUAGAUGAAACCAGUUUCUUCAGAUUGUUACAAGUUUUGCAUCACUAUAUAUAGUACUCUUUUAAGUCGACAUGCAAGAUCAGACAAGAUCAGAAUUACAUAUGUCCGAAAAAUCUCGGAUUCUGACUGUGUUGUAUUGAUUAAGCUUCGUGUUCAAAACAUGGUAUAUCGUGUGUAUUAGUGUAUAGGUAGACAUAAAUUAAGAGCACAGUUUCUCAUAUACUUACUAGUUACUGCGAGUUAGGGUAUCCCGGAAACCCUAACUUCUUUUACACUGCUUAUCUUUCGAGAGGAUCCUUAUUUAGGUUAAUCUAUUUGUUGUUUUUGGGUUCA